GCUUAUCUCGUCUAUGCUCUGAGCCGACCCUGCGUCUCGUCACUCUCGUGUUAUAUAAAUUUAAUCAACAAAAAACUUCAGUGCUAUACUUAUUAAAUACUAUGAUGUGUCUCCGCACGCAAUGCCAUUUAUCCAUAUUAUUCAAGUUUAAAUUCUCAGCAGGCUCCUAAUUUCUCUUCUCCCUUUUGUGACAAAUAUUUUCUUAUUGAUUCUGUUCCAAAAAAGGAGGAAGGAACUCUGGAAUCUCCUAUAAGAAAAAAAAUAUGAGCAAGAAAAAGGAGACGAAACUAAGCAAGUACAUGAAGGUCCCCAUAAAGAUGGUGGUGAAAGGUAGAGACUUGUACAUUAAAAGCAUGAAUCAAUUCUCUUCCCAUGACCUUCUCGGCAGCGGCAUGGCUUUUGGGAUACCAGUCUGCCAAGUAAGCGCCCUCCCAAGAAGUUUCAGCGCGAGCCACUCGCAAAAUUCCGUGAGAGCCAAAGAGCAUCGUGUGCCUGAGCUUGUAAGAGCCGCAUCAGCUAGAAAUACUACCGUUGAUACGCAGCAUGGACCGUCUACGAAACUACAGAAGGCUAAGAGUGUGAGAAAUUGUGAUGUUCCCCAUGGGUUUGAGAGAAUUGAUGAGACCCGUCCUUUGAUUGAUUUGGGGAGUAUUAAUCACAAGGUGCUUGAAAAGAGUAAGAGUAAGAGUUACGGUGUUGUCAAGUAUACUUAAAGGGCUCAUGUAAUUAAGAAUUAGCCACAUGUGUAUUGCUUUGCCAUAUUGUUGUAAAAGUGAAAAUGAAAAUGUUAA